CUCUGGCAGAACUAACAUAACGGAACGGACGCGUUCGAGGCGCAAUAAAAACUGAAAAUAAUUAAUUUAUUCCAUAACACUGCUGCGACACCACCUAACAAAAAACCGAAGCAUAUCAAGGCAGACAAAUAUCGCUAUUAAAUAGCAUAAUUCAAAGUGAUUCGGGCGUGUAAUUCGUUAUGGAAAAGUGCCUUGGUGUGUGUGUGCGUGCGUAUAAUUAAACAAAAGUAUUAAGCAAACGAAGUCGCAUAUUUUGCAAUUCGCGCUGCGAAAUAAUCGAGCAAUAAUUGUCGCAGCUGCGGGCGCACUUCCUUCUCCUGUUUCCUUUAUUGUUUUUUUACUCGGAUUCGCGCUACUACAAUUGCAGCUGCUGUUCAGCUAUUUAGCGCGCGUGUGUGUGUGUGUGUUUGCUGGCCGCUACUGUUGUUGUUUUUGUUUUUGGCUCACCUCUCGUUUAACCACCUUGAAUGCGAGAGCGAGAGGGAGUGAGAGGGAAGAAGAGUGCAAAGUUGAUGCCCGCGAGUGUGCGCGCACGCGUGUGUGUUUGUGUGUGUGUGUGACAACAAAUUAACUGCGACUGUGUGCGUGCGGUCAUUAGUCACUCUCUUUAACUUUGAACGUUUUUUGGUCCACCUUUUUUGGGCGCAUCGCUAAAAGACAAUACCAAAAACAGCAAAAACCUACUAAGCCAGCUUUGCGGAUCGGAUUUUCUGAAUCAAAUCGGAUCGGAACGAAUCGGACGUCGUCAAAAGAAAGUAUGACCAUUCCAUCGAGACCGGCGCCGGCUCCACCGGGAUCACGUGGCCAGAGCGCCGCGGCUGGGGCAAAUGCCACCCUGGAGCAGCUGCGUCUUCAGCUGCAGCAGCAGCACAUGCAGCAGCAGCAGGCCGCCGGCGGAGGACUCCAGAAGUUGACCAUCAAGCUGCCGCCGCCGCCCAAGGGUCCGCUGCAGUCGCAGAACUUGCAGCACAAGCGGACCCCCGCCGCCGCCAUCAACAAUAAUAAUAACAACAGCCUUUUCGAUGAGCCGACUGGAGGAUCGAGCAUCACCAGGAAGUUCCCACAGGCACGCUACACGCCGGCCACCAACUGGGAGGACGAUCCAUUUGGGGGCAACGGGAAUGAUCGCUUCAAGAAGAUGCCUCCGCCGCGACCGCCGCCGCCCAAGGUGCUGGUCAAUGGGCAGAACAUGGCCAAGCCCAACUCCUCGACGGCAUCGGCGGUCGCCGACAGAAGCAGACUCUUCUCGAACAUCUUCCACCGCAAAAAGUCCACGUCCACGGCAUCCGCCGCUGCUACCAAGGCUGCAGCCGAGAAUCGCGUCUACGGCCUGAGCAGCGGCAAUGCCGGGACACCAAGCCACAGCAGCGGUAGCAUCAACAAUGCCGCCUCCUCCUCGGCUGCCUUUACCAAUGGGGAUUGGAAUGCCGUCUGGAACUCGGCCACCACCACCACCAUAUACACCACCUCGAGCAGCAGCCACAGUAGCUCCUCCCACUAUGCCUCUCAGCAGACCGGCGAUGCCCAGCUCAUCAGCUUCGAUUCGCCACCGUCGUCGCCCACCUUCACCCAAAAAUCCAACAGCGACUGCGUCAGUGUGGACAGCUUCAGUUCGGACAGCAACUUCAGUUCGCCCAACAAUGGCAGCGUUUCUCAGCCGGAGAGCGGAUUCGAGGACGACUACCAUCGAUCGCGGCCAUCCACACAGAGUCCGCUGGAUCCGUGGGAGGCGGUGGACAGUAGCAAUGGACACGGCGGCGUCGAUAGCUUUGGCUCUGCUCCUGUGCGUCAGACCUACCAGUUGGCGGCACGCACCUCGGACAAUCCGCUGUGCAAUGGGAAGAGCCUGUUGCCGCCCACGCAGUCGCUUACAAUGCCCACCAUCAUCAAGCCGAAGAUAUCGCAAAAGCCAAAGGCACCAAAGCCGCCGCCAUUCAUUGGGGGCGUGCCGCCAGGUUAUGUCAUGACUGGGGAAUAUGCUGGAUCGGAGACACCACCAUCGCCACCGAUGCCCAAAGGACCACCACCGCCGCUGCCUGUUGGCGGAAUAUCACUGCUUGACGUGAUCAACGGAAAGGUGGACGCUCUGGCGCUGAGCAACGGAAGCCAGGGCUACAUGGAGGAGGAGAUCGUUCCCUAUGCCAUCGCGCUCUAUGAUUUUGAUGGCGUUGAGGAGGGUGAUCUCAGCUUUAGGGAGAGCGAGAAGAUCUAUUUGCUGGACCAUCCCACGCCGGAGUGGAUGCGCGGACGCACGCGAUCCGGAUGUGAGGGCGUAUUUCCAGUUAACUACGUGGACAUCAAAGUGCCAUUGGGUGCCACUGGUGGCGGUGGUGCUGCUGCUCCAGCCGCUGCUGCUGCAGCAGCUCCACCGAGUCCUUCGCAACAGCAGCUGCCCACAGCGAUCUGUUUGUAUCACUUCCCUGGCGGAGUAGAAGGAGAUCUGGCCUUGCAGGAGAACGAAUUGGUCACAGUGCUUUAUAGAAUAAACGAGGAUUGGCUGUACGGCGAGGUGGGCGGUCGUCAGGGCCAGUUUCCGGCCAAUUUUCUGGACCAGGUGCCUGCCAAUCUGCCCACGUUGUAACCCGUACACACAGCCCGGAAUCUUUAGCGAUCUAUCUAUAUAUAAUGUAUACCCGAACAUUGUCGAUAACCGAGAAGACGUCAAGCGAACUGAAUCAUAUACACACACAUAAAUAAUUGUAUUUUUACUAUAUUCUUUGCGAAAAAUAUUAA